UGCAGUGUUUUUUUUACAAGGACAAUCGGAGGAAAGAUGGAAGUGACUUCUAGACAGACUCAGUGUCCGGUUUCCAAAAUACUCCAGCGUUACAUUAAAUAGCUAAAACUUACAGUGCUCUUAGUUUUUACCGAAUAAACUUUUUCAACAUGGCGAAUUGGUUUUUACUUUCUCGAAAGCCUUUGUUCUGUACUAUUGUUUUCGUGCGCCAAUAAAAACUUUCUUUUUUGACGCCUGUCAAACGACUGUCAAAUCGUGCGUCCCGCACUUGUUUCCGGUCUCCCAAACAGGGAGAAGCCAUAUAAUAAACAUCUUAUUAGCCUCGUUUUUUCGGUCCGUACUGUAAAUUAUGGAUCCUCUUUUUUUUCCAUCGAUUUAUGGCCCAAGCGCGAAGCGCGCGGGCCAUAAAUCGAUGGAAACAAAACUCGGUCCGUAAUUUCCAGUACGGACCGAACACUCGGCUAAUAAGAGGUAUUUAUUUUGUUUAAGAUAUGACCCACCAAUGGUUUUUUGAAGGCAAAAUCAUAUAACUUUCAUUUUCAUAAAAAUGAUGUCACAUGACCUCUUAGUGCAAAUAGCCUAUAGCUGUCGAUUACGUCAGUUAGUAAUAAACCUUCCAAGUCGAUUUCCUACAAUUACGCGUUUGCACGGUAACGUCACUGGGGUGUAAAUGUACUUUUCCUCGAAAAGGCUAUAAUAGUAAUACUCGGCAUCUAAGUACAAAGUUUCCGCAACUAUACAGAGAUUUCUCCACAGUUUUUUGUGAUUCUUUGCGUUCUUACUCAUUUCGUAGGACAAGCAAAAUAAAGAUGCAUUCUCUGCGGUAAACCUUAUCAAAGCCAGCCUCGAACGCCAAAUCUCCGGCGGGUAAGAGAGUCAACAAGAUACAGUAAUGUGCAAAAAAAAUGAGAGCAAACUUUGCCGAAAUUCGCCGAAUUUCGCGAUUUUCGGUGAACAAAUAGCGAACUUUCGUUUCAGACGAAAAUUCAGCGAAAUUUCGGCGCAGCUAGUCCCUGCGAAAUUUCGGAUACCGAAACGAAAGUUCGCGGCAUGAACCAAAAUUUCGUUGCGAAAUUUAGAGAAAGCUUCACGAAAUUUCCAGUCAUCAACUAAAUUUCGGCUCGUGUUAAACGAUAUUUCGCUUCAAUGAACCGAAAUGUGUGUGAGCGAAACGAACUUUUGUUAUUGAAAAGUUCUUAACUAACCAGGGCACGGUUGUUUAAAGCAACGAGCGAAAUGUGACUUCAAUUGUGAUCGCUUACAAAGCAGAUUCAUAUGGAUUCUUUUUGCCUACCAUUUAAUAUUUGGACGCUCUAAAAUCACGAGUCGAAACAAGCAUAGAAAGCGCUGUUGAGCAAAAGAAACAGGAACAAUAAAUUGUAUUCUAUCUUAGCGAUCGCGUCGCAAACGGAUCGCUACGAUAAGUGAACGUGGCUUUCAAUCAAUCCGCUUUUGAAGGAUCCUACCGAUAGUAUCAAUAAUACCGAACCAGACCUUACAUGUACAUGCACCAGUAACAACACGAACCCUAGUAAGAAGAAAAUGUUGUGAAGAAAAUUUCAGACGGAACAACACUUGUUAAUUUACGUAUUAAGUUAUUUGUGUUUUAAUCUUACUAAAUGAACGCGAGGUUUACUCGAUAUUGUUGUCUGUUGUUCGCAGAUUCACUUUUAAAAACUGUCGAAACCCUUCAGAAAAAACUUUUGAGAACAGUCGUGAACGUACAUGAUGGAAACCUGUUGCCUGUUUACUGUGCUUACUAAAUUCUUAAUUCGUGUAAGCGAAUUCUCUAAAAUAAUCACGCUUAUGGCAGUCAUUGUUUGUUUUCGUCUUCCCUCCAAAACUGAGUAAAACGAUCACUACAAAGUUUAAAACAACGCCGGAUGGGAACGUCCCGUGUAAAGUCGUUCGAAUUGUUCUUCGAACUUUCAUGUUUUUAACAUAAACUUCGGAAGCUUGGAAUACAAGUCGCUGACACAAAGGAAGGGAAUUGAAGCUCAAACUUGUGAAAUUUUAUUGCUGAGAUUAUUCCUGACUCACAAGACUUUGCUUUUUCUCACACAUAUGUCAUUUCAAAGUGAGAUCAAGGCUACGAUCGAGUCUUACAUGUAAGCUUUAAAAUUUUGCUUUUGUAUAAAUUAACUUGGCUUUAAGACAGAAGCAAUGUUAAUGCAGAAAAAAUAGAUUGUCAGGAAUCGAUUUAUUAGCUCAGUUACGCUGAAAUUAGAGAAAAUGCUUAACUGCAGGUCGAGCGAUGGUUUCGGCUACAAGUAACCAUAUGCAAAUUUCCUUAUUCGAGUUUAUUUUAGCGGUAAAUCUUUUGGGAGCGCUUCUUUGUUGAGAAGUUUCUGAAGAUUGCGGUAAAAUAGAAGGAAGUUAAAUGCGGACUGUAAGUGGCCUUUCCCUCAAGUAACUUGCAAUCGGUAGUUUAAGAAUAGGUAAGUUUGAGUCUAAAAGACCAGAUACGUUUUAUUAACUUGGUUGUCCGUGUUGUGGGCAAAUAGUGGUACUGAUCUUUUUCGAACCAGAUUGUGUGUUUCCAUGGUAAAGUUUUAGAAAGAAGUUAAAUGUUUGUUAAGCUAUAAAUGCGAAGCAGAUCGUUAUGAACUAGUGUAGUGAUCUUAUGAAAUUUGUAGCAAAGAGCGCUGUGAUGAACAAUCCCGGCAAUCUCAGGCGAUCGAAAGUAGCGAACCUACAGUGUAGCGAUUCAAAGCAAUGCAGGUAAAGGACGGAAUUUGACGAACUUCGCUCUUAUUACUUUUGCACAAGACUGUAAAUUGACCAACUCCGCUUAUCAUUUACGGACAAACGCUAGAAAUAGGCAACUUUCCUCUGAUUGCACGAUGUAAAAUUUGUUCUCACUCGAAGUUUUCAUUUUAACAGAGAGAGUCGAUACUUGUUGGUGUUAACAGAGAACUAUGCAGCCUUGCCUAUUGUUCAGGAGGAAAUGCACAAAAAAGGCGAAGAACCUGUCGUAAUUUUCGGCAGCAACUUCCCGAAGGACCAAGAAUACACUCAGGUACUAACAGCUGUAUUAAAAAGUAAUUAAAAGUGUUGUUACUCGUGAGAUGGAUGUUUCGUUAAUUAGACUGUUUCAGUAACAAGACUUGCUCUCUCCUCCACCGAGUGUAUAAUAGUAAGUGCACGGUAAGCCCAAAAGCCCUUCCUUUCGUCCUUUGCGCGCAUUCUUUUAUUUCUUUUCACAGUCUCCAUAAGACACGAAGAGGCCUCAAUGGAAGAGACAAAAGAGUUAGCAGAAACAUCGUUGAAGACAUCAAUAUUUUAGGGCAAUGGCGUGCAUUUUACUUUGCGCCCCAUAAAACCUCUUGCAGUUAACCAACCAUUUAACUACAGUUGAACCUCUCCUCGGGGACCGAGGAAAGUCUAGUAAAUAAAAUAAAUAAUAAAAAAAUAAUUUUUAUUUAUUUAUUUAUAACCAUUUAACUACAGUUGAACCUCUCCUUGGGGACCGAGGAAAGUCUAGUAGCAGAGAUAGAGCCGUUAUGGAGAUGUACUGGAAAGGAGUCGGUUUCAAGAUAGCUUGCUACUGUUUUAAAAGAAAAAUAUCAUGUUAAAGUCAUCAGGGUCCAUCAGUUCUUUCUUUAAGCUAUGAUCCCAUGAUCAUUGGACUUCUAUUAGCUAUUAUAGCGAUCUGUGGAAUGUUAUGUUGGGUUGUCGUCUCAUGUUUCAGAUCUGCCGUGACAUAAAUCGAAUUAAAGUGUGCAUGGAAACGGGAAGAACUGUUAUUCUUUUGAACUUGGAGUGCCUCUAUGAAAGUUUAUAUGACGCUCUAAACCAGGUAUAGGUGGCUAGCAAUAUUAUAUACACAACAUUCGGUAUAACUACAAGUCAUUCUUUAUAAUGUCUUCUUCAUGUUACUACUUGACAUUUUAAAACUUCCUACGUCGAUCACGCCAUCAAUAAAUGUUCAAAUAGAUACACAGAUUUCUUGGCUUAAAUCAAGCUUUAUCGACUACCUUUAUAACGGCGUUAACGUUUGCGAUAUAUUAUUCUUAAUCUGCAUUACCAGUACUAUGUGUAUUUUGGAGGACAGAAAUAUGUGGACCUUGGCCUUGGAAGUCACCGAGUAAAAUGUCGCGUCCACGAUGAAUUCAGGUAAAACGUCCUUAGACAGUAUUUUCAGCCCGUGAAUAUCGCCUGUCAAUACUUACAUGUAAUUCCUUGUAAUUGCCACACCAACAGUACAUAAAAAUAGCGUUUAUGGCGUUUAGAUGUUAAAGAUUCGAUUCAACCGCUCCAAACGCAGCCCGCAAGUUUUCGCUCGAAGAAUUUAGGUCGCUUCAUUAAAUUCCUUUAUAACAAAAACAUUAUAAAUAAUGUGGCUUAUGCGAUGUGGUCUGGUACAGGUAAUUCUGUUUCAAGUAACGUUUACCAAUUCUUUUUCUGUCAAACAGAUUGAUUGUCAUUGCUGAGAAAAAUGUUGUGUACAGUAAGUUUCCGAUUCCUCUCAUUAAUCGCUUGGAGAAACAUUACCUGGUGACUUCAGCAAGUCUCAGUUCUCCACAAAAGCUCCUGGUGGACAAGUUGCAGGAAUGGGUAAAAAGCUUCUCUCAUGUCGACAUCCCUCGUCACCAGCAAUUAAGGUAAAGACAGAGAGUCAGCCAGGAAUUUGUUAGUGCGUGUUAGGGCCAAAAGGCAAGUUUUUGGAUCCGAUAAGCCCGAAAACCACAUUAACGAAGGAAAGGAAAAGAAAAAAUGGAAAGAGCGAGGAGAAAGAAAGGAGGGGAAAAAAACUGCAAUGGUUGCACUCUUACUUUUUAUAUUGGCUACGUUUUUGGCCGAAAACAAAACUGCUUGAUGGAAGACGUCUGUUUGACAGUAACGUUUUCAAAAAUUCUGUAACAUAUAUUUGUAUGUGCGUGAUGUAAGAGACAAAUUCGUAGGCUGCAAAACAUCCUCACCUUACGGAAGGAACUCCCGUACUCUUCCCCUAACAAAAUACCCUCACUACUCACUUAUAUAACAACUUAAUUCGUCGCCAGGUCUUCUCGGUUAACGGUUCACUAAUCUGGCGAUUUGCCGCACGAUUGACGUCAUUUUUCAUGUCGCAAAAUUCUUCCAAAUUUGGUCGACAAUAUCUGGUUAUGAAUCAUGCGUGGGAUUUUAGCCAGUCAGAAACAGAGAAAUAUUUUGAAUGAAUAAUAAUGAAGUUUAUUCAUUUCCGCCUUUUGCGGUGUAAUUUGAUCCUCACAGGAAGUACUCGCCUGGUGACGCAUUUGUUGGUUACCAUGCUGACACAGCAGCUUCCGUCGUACUGCAAGUAACCAGCAACAUUGAAGAAAGCGAGUUCAGCGAUAAACAUUUGCAAGACAAGGUAUAGUGGGACGUAAUUUGGAUGAACUUGAGCCAGUGUUGGCUAUUCUAACCAUUUUUGGUAGCUCAUUUUUCUUUAGUUUCUGGCACAGUAUUUAAUGCAAAGUCUCCUUCCAAUCUGCUCUUUUUCAUGAUAGCCGUUGAAAGAAUCUGAGUUGGUGUGAGAAAUGGUCUUUUCUCCGUUUUCCAGGAACACACCGUUUUUCUCUAUCGUCUCUUUACCACUCUGUCUGUUAGCAAAGAAACUAUUGAUGAACCCAUAGAAUCGCAUGCUUUUUCCUGAAAGUGGUGGAAAUACACCUUCAUAAGUAGGAAAGUUAGUUUUCACACACCUUAUUUGCAUGAUCCAUUAACAUUUGCUUGCCUUUCAGCUCUUCCAGGAAUCGAAAGAAUUGUUGUUACAAUGUGCGACUCCUGAUGCUGUUGCACGUCUGCCAUCUACACACCUUACUCAGCAAGCAGACGAGGUCUGGACAAGUUACUUUAUAGUACAGGAACAUUCAAGUCUUACAGCUUUUCUACGAAAUGUGUUGACAACAGAGGGAGGGAAUUCCGGAAUAGGAAGUUUAAUUCAGGUGAGCUCUGAUUUGAUCUCUUUUCGGUAAUUAAUGAACCAACAUGUAAUAAUUAUAAAAUAACAUUGAAUUUGAUUUAAUUAGACGGUUAAUUGUCAUAACCACUAUGACCACUGUGUAGUUCUUCAGAUAACUUAUUUCUUCUUGCAGGUGACAACUCAUUCCAGAUUACUGUCGUCAAAUGAUUUGCAACACAUAGCACGUGCCACAUCUCUACCCAUGCCAAACGUAACAUGUCUGAGUCUUCAGCAGUUCCACACGGAACAACAGUUUUGCUCAUCUGUGAGGUAUACAAAAUUAAUUGCAAGUCACAGUGUUAGGAAGUGAGCUUACUUGCAGGGUCGAGGGGGGCAGAGGAUAUUUUUUGAAUGAGCAUCAUUUUUCCAUAUCCCACCUAAACAAAGGUGAAUUAGCUUUGCGUACUAGAGAUACUUUCGUCGUCCUUAUGUCACAAGUACUUCCUUGACAACUCCAGAAAAAAAAUAUACCUUAUUUUGACCAAUUAAACGAAAUGGAUUAAGAGCGAUGUGCCGUUAUUGCAGCCUUUGCCGUCGUGGUUGCUUAAGCUCCCUAACAACAGUCCAGCCGAAAUGUUUAACUCAGAGACUAUUAUUGCAUGUUAUUAUUCAUUCAAAAGUUUUCCCCGAUUCUGAUCGGCUAAAAGCACACGCAUAAUUUACCAUAACCAGUUACUGAUGACCAAAUUUGGAAGAAUUUUGUGUUUAACGAGGAAAUGACGUCACAAAUGCAGCCCGCUACAGGUUAAGGCACCGUUACCGAGAAGACCUGGGGACGAGGUUGAGUUAUUUUGGUUGUGAAAAAAAAAAUGGCGGACAUUUCACUCAUUUCAAGAGUAAGAACUACAGCUGGAACUAGGCGAAAUAAUAGCUAAAAAAUGGCAAAAACAGCAAGAAGACAACUCGGACGGCGACAUCUGCUAUUUGGAGAAUAUUUGCGGAGCUGGACAAAUCUAAAAAUACACUAUCGAAGAUGAACUUAACAUCGAUGCAGGUAAGCAUUUUUUAGCUAUGUUUUUAAACUAGGAUUUUUUUUAAUGAAUAAUAUAGCAAUUAAUGAAUUCGAUUUUCGUAGGAUAUGAAGAAUUAAGCAGAUCUCAGAGGGUGCUAUCCACCGAGGCCAAAAUUCUUCAUAUCCUACUCAGCCUCAUUCAUUAAUUGCUAAUUAUCACAUUGUGAUUUUCUAGGGAUUUCUUUGUUAAAGUUGGUGGAAGAAAAGGACUGCUUAUCGUGCAAUGCGAUGCUGGAGACGUCAAUCGUAAUUUGAUACCCUGUGCCCGACACCUUCUUGUGGAACAAAGGACAACUGCAGAAGAAGAUUUCAAAGAAAAUGUUGGGCAUGAUCCUUCAUCAUUUGUGCAUGUAGUUAUGAUUAUUCAACUUCCUCGUCUUGUCGCAGGCUGUGAAGCAUUUGCUGGUUUCCAGGGAGGAAGGUGGCUGUCUGUUCACAUUGACGAACUUCGACCGCCAACCGGUCACAUCCCAGCCAUUCAAUUCAUGGUGGAUCGGUCAGUGAGUGAGUUAUUUGAUGUUGCACCAAGCACCACACGGGUAGAAAAAAUGGACGUUGAGGCAGCGAGAGAUGACAUGGAAGUCGACGAACAGCGUGAAGAAGGCAUUGACAUUGAGAUGGAAGCCUCAGAUCUAACUUCUGGUGAUGUCACCGUGGAUAAAGUAGACAUUGUCAGCCUUUUGAGAAGCUGUAUUCAAUCAGCUGUUGCAAGAAUUGAUGAUGAACCAUGGCGUUCAUCACGAUCAACGGAGCGAAUUGAGCUUAUGUUGAGUCUUCUUCCAGAUGGUAGAACAGAGGGGACUGGUAAGAGCGGCGCUCAAUUAUCUUUAAUUAUUUCCUUGUUAUGAUUGUCUCAAGUUUCACAACAUUAUGCCAAGUCAGUUGACCCCUUACAAAGUAUGAAACAGUGUGACGUCACUGCGAUUCCUUAGACAACUGCCUGUGCUAAGCGUUUUGUCAACAAGGAUCUCUCUUCAUGGUUUGAAUGGCUUCUAGUAACCAAUUGACCAUGUCAGCAACAUUUUUUCUUCUUGCUUUCUAGAUCUGUCAUUUGCUACUAUUUUGGCUCGUCGAAUCCACAAACUUCUUCAAGAAAAGGAUGAGCGGGCUGGAACUAAGGCAAAUGACUGGCUACGCUCUGAGGCUUUAAGCGGUACUAGAAUCCAAGAAAAUGGAACAUUCAGGAAAGCCCUGUGGCAAAGAGUCUAUUCAUCCGUUAUCCCAAUUCUUUCUGAAGUUAUCGCUUUUGUUGACCGUGACUCCAACCUAGACCUGGUGAUGGAUGGAGGGAAUUGGUUGUCAAGUCUUUGGCUAGGGGUUUUCCAAAGUGAAAACAUGGUCGAACUUCAUUAUGAGAGCUUUUUGUCACUGGAAAGUGGUAUCAUACGAGAACGUGUUUUUGUGGUCACCUCGGGUCGUGAAAAGCAGUCUUUUGAGUUGCAGUUUCCUUUCUCUUGGAUAAUUAAAGAAAGAAUCGAUGCCAUGUGGAGGGAGGCUUCAAGUAUAGCGGGUGAGACACUUUCUUUCUUUUAAAAAAGAGUUGUUUCAUUUUUCAUAUUGUUUCUGAAAAACGUUUACGAUCUGAUCUUGGUAGUAUUGUGUCUUUUUUGUCCUUAGCGGGAUCAAACACGCCAAUUCAACAGUGUUUACAUGACCUUGUAAACAAUAAUGAAAUGGGCCGUUUUCUCGACGAGUCUUGGUUAGGUUGUAAAGAAGCUGCCGUUGAGCGUUAUCUUCAUGAUUUUGUUCACAUGGUGCUGAAGCCAUUAGUCCCUGAAGAGGAAAAGGUAUCAGGCAUAAUUUCUGGAAUGUUACUAGUGUUUUCCUACCCUGCAGCUCCUUUCACGAUCCAACUGAUUAACAUUAUUUUGCAUUAUACACUAGGGUUUUUUUAUCCAUAAAAAUUGUUUUGAGCCGUUUUUACAUGCCUAUUUUCUAUUUUGAGAAUUUCACAACUUGAAACUGACCAGGGCUUGACGUUGCGACCUGUGGGGUCGCCAAUGCGAAACGCCUUUACUCAGUGGCGACUAGAUUUUCAGGCCUGGUCGCCGACCUGGCCCCCAAGAUAGGUGACUUUCUUCUUUGGGAAAACGUACACUAAUGAUAAUUUGUUAUCCUUUACAAAACUAAAGGAUAACUAACGGUUUUUCUAACGCUCUAACGUUUUGCCCAAACGCUCUAACGGUUUGUCUAAACGUUUUAACAAUUUGUCUAAACGCUUUAACGAUUUCUUCCAACACUGUAACGAAUUGUUCUUAUAAUCUAACAGUUGGUCCGUCUCACGUUUGACUUUUACUUGAAAGAGGUUGUGAAAAUCACAAGUGAUGAAUUCGACGGAAGUCUUAUCGACUUCGAUAAAUCGAUCGCAAUUCUUAACAGGUCGUCCCGUGUUUCUCCGGGAAUGACUUUUAGCGCAUCGAUUUAAAACAAUUUCUUUAUGUCGAACAUGUAUCUCGAUUGCGGACUCGAUAGCAGAUUAGUCUGAUAAAAACUUAAGCUAAUCGAGAACGAACAGCGCUUACUUCUCGAGCUUCUUGUAAACAACUUUACGCUAAUUUCUGUUGAGCGUGGCGACCCAAAUAAAAGCUCUGCCGUAUUUAAUUGACUUCUAAUGAAGUACCGUUGAACUCAUGCAGUUUGUCUAACAGACUUCUCGCGAAAUCAACUUCUUUGCCCGAAAAUAUUAGCGACGUUUUCUCUUUCUGGGGACUUUCGAUCACGUGCUAGGCAACCGCGAAAUAGAUCAAGUUUCACCGAUGUUCAUUUCUGAACAUGCAAAUACAUGAGACGCAAAACAAAUUUUGCAGAUUUUGUCUUUAAUUAAUAACCCAAAUAAGUUUUUUGGGGAUUCCUAAAGUUUGUUUAUGUAAAUGUGUAUUCCAUUUCCUGAACCUUAAGCUUGAAUACCGGUCUGAGGAGAUUUAAAACAAAAAAAACAUUCUUUUUCCUGUUGAGGUUAAGUAAAACAUGUUAAGUUUAUUGUAUUCCGUUCUUCAAUAUAAUUUUUGGCGACUAGAAUACUUGUUCUGGCGACCAAAAAUGAAAACGCGGGAGCCAGCUGGCCCCAAGAUUUUUUUCUGAAAGCCAAGCACUGCUGACGUUUGCCGUUCACCGUAAACGUGACUCUUAAUCUGUCCAAUGUCUUAUUUUAAGUCAUGUAUGGUACUGGACCUUAUUGUUAAUGAGGGUUACAAGUCAAGCAAAUCUUUCUUGUAGACACUGCAACAAUAUAUUAGCGGAGCUCCCGCGCGCGCGAAGCGCGCGCGCAGCGGAGCACCAUGGGUAAGAAAAUUUGGUAAACUAUCCAUCCCAGAAAAUUUGGUUAUGACGUAGCGUACGUCCGUCCGUACGGACUUUCCGGGUAGUGGAAAGUAGUCCGCAUGGACUCUUGGGGUAGGGGAAAGUAGAGAUUUUUUGGCAGGAAAUCGCAUGGCGCAACGUCGCGCAAUUAUAUCGCGCAACUGGUUUUGAAAAAAAGAAAGCAAGUAGAAAGAGUCAGAGCGAGAAGAAGGAGAGAAAAUUAUAGUGAAAAACGCCGGCAAGCAGAACGAGACAGAGCUAGAAUGAACAGACAAAGGCAACGCGAAAGAGAAAUACAAAGGCAAAGAGAACGGCAGCAAAAUAAUGACAUGAUGACAGAAAGUGUUGUGUUAAUGUCCCUAUGGCUCCGCGCUAUUAACAUUUUGAUUUCAAACUGAUCUCGGACUCGAAAAUUCAGCCAGUCAUUUAAAAAUACAAGCAGGGAAGACAGAGGCUUUUCACUUUUCUCACCAUAGUCACGCGUUGAUCGCGCUCUACGACCGUCCAAUUUUUAUGCUCUGAUUGGUCAAAAUUUGACAGGUGAGUUCAUGCAGAAACUGAUUUAUACAGCAUCUUGAACCUUGUUUACUUUCAGUUUGACAGCUGAAGCUGACAGAGUAUUUUGUCAACUUGUGAUGUUUUUUACUGUCUUUUUCCACUGGAUGCUUAAAAUGAAAUACAGCUGCUAUCAACAGUCUUCUUUGAUUCAUGGCUGGUUUGUUUAUUGAAUUUUUGGUCGGGAAAUGCGCCGGUUGCCAAAGUUGGAAAUCCGAUUUCGGAUGCAUCGCUUUCGUUUUUACCUUGCUGGAUGCGGGUUGAAAAGUCCCUCAAGCGAUUCUGGCCUUACUUUAUAGCUUUCAAGAGCUGCAUCUCGAAUGGUAAGCCUAAGUAAUUAUUGUAUACAGUGUAUGUUUGUUUUUUUAUAUCUAAUUUCAUGAAGUCGAGCGCAGUUUAUGAGGCUAAUUUAUGCACGUUAGUACUAAGAUCUGAGACAAUGAUCUGAUCUAGUAUAUAUAAGUUUACAGAACUUUAAAAAGCCUUUAGUCGAUAUUUUCUCUCCGCAUAUAGAACGAAAAAACGUUCCGAAGAGUAUUUAGUUAUAAUGUUGACUGUAGAAAGAAAGCUUUGAGCGAUUUUCUUGCUUCGAGUUCAUCUUUGAAAACAGUAAACACCAGGAAGCCGGCUAAAAGCUUUAAGCUUAAGCUUAAAGACUCAGGAUUUUUAGAGACGCUUUAAUACUUGUCUUCGUAAAUGAAAAUUGUUGUCUCUGUAAAUGUUUCACCGAAUUACAUUUCUUUUAUUGAUUGUUAGUAGUCUCUUACAAUUUUAAUCGCUUUGCCGUUUGUUUUCAGUCGUUCAUAAACAACGCUUGCAGGAGUACUCAAAAUGCUGCUCGUAUCAAACGCUUUUUAAGAUUACACAUCGUUAUAAAACCAUUUAAUAAAAAAAAUAAACACAAUAAAUUCUUUAUUAUGUUGAAGCGUAACUCUUUUAAUGUUCACUGAAAAUUUGGCGCUUGUCAAAAGUGAGAACCGGCUGGCCGUAUAGGUGAUUUUGGAAAUUUUUUGAACGGUUUUGCUAAAAACCCACGCGUGCUUCGUACGGUUCUGAAUAUUGAAUUAGUGCAAUUUGUCUUGAAAAAUCGUGAAGUACUGCAUUUUGUCUGAGGUCUAUAUGAUAAAAACAACGCCUCAUAUUACUGUUUCAGAUGUGAUGUAUAAAAAGUAUAAAAUGUUGGUUUACACGCUCCCAGAGUUGUUGGCAAGAUUUUGUUAAUUAAACUUGUCCAACGCAAAAAAUUCGGCCUGAUUUGUUUUCCAAAAAUUCGUUUUCCAGGCCAAAUCUACUGUGAUCAAGAGCCAUUAUGGCUCCAAAAUGUGAUCGAAGAUAAUUGCUAUUUUUUGGGUGUAUAUAUACGGCUAUCAAUUCGAUGUAAGAUUUUUUUUUCACUCUAAAAUCACUUAGCCUUAGCUUUCCCUUAAAGUUAACUGAUUUGUGGAUUACAAGUUUAUUGUUUGAUUUAAAUUAUAAAUUUAUUAAUGGAAGCUUCGCUUUUAGCCCUGGCUAAAUCUAUAUAUUGGUAAGAGCUCACCACUAGCCUUUUUUGGAUUUCGUUUUAGCUACUCCGACAGGCUAUUGUCACGGCCGCUCGCGAAUGGUAUGUCGACUCGAAUUUUUCAGAGGAGUUUGAUCUCGACAUCCCACUUAUCCAUGUUGUGUAUGACGCCAUCGAGAAACGCUUGGCAAAUUUCAGCCAACUGGUACAUGCGCAGCGGGACAUUGUAAGCCGUCUUCUAGAAGUCAUUCCGCCCAACGAAGAGGAGAUGGUAAGAAUGGGUAUAAGUUAGGCAGUCUAAUAAUUAAUAUGUCCCGUGACUGGGCAUUCGAGGGCACAGGACAGAAACUAAGCAAUCUACUAGCCGGUUUUCUUUUUUUUGGCACAUACCCGAAGCUACGUUUUGUUAUUACUUCGAAUCUUUCGAAGUGUACUUUAAAACUGUAAUCGUAAUGUAAGUGUUCUGCACUCACAAAAAUUACUCAGCACUAAAAAUAUAUAUUUGGUGAAACACACUGCCUGUAAGACUUAGCAAUUAAUGAAUGAGGCUGAGUAGGAUAUGAAGAAUUAAGCAAAUCGAGGCCAGGAUGUUAUAACACCCUCCGAGAUCUGCUUAAUUCUUCAUAUCCUACGAAAGCCGAAUUCAUUAAUUGCUAGAUUAUUCAUUCAAAAUAAUUCCUAGUUUAAAAACAUAGCUGAAACAUGCUUACCUGCAUCGAUGUUAAGUUCAUCUUCGAUACUGUACGUCUAGGUUUGUCCAGCUCCGCAAAUAUUCUCCAAAUAGAAGAUGUCGCCCUCCGAGUUGUCUUCUUGCUGUUUUUGCUAUGUUUUUAGUUAUUAUUUCACCUAGUUCCAGCUGUAGGUCUUACUCUUGAAACGAGUGAAAUGUACGCCAUUUUUUUUUUUUCACAACCAAAACAACUCAACCUCGUCUCCAGGUCUUCUCGGCGACGGUACCUUAACCUGUAGCGGGCUGCAUUUUUGACGUCAUUUUCUCGUCAUCAGUAACUGGUUAUGGUGAAUUAUGCGUGGGCUCUUAGCCAAUCAGAAUUGGGGAAAUAUUUUGAAUGAAUAAUAAUUUCUGUUAAUUUGAAGAAAGUAGUAGUUGUCGUGUGGUUUGUAGGAAGUAAUGCACCUAUUUCCUUCAGAAAAGCUACAGAAUAAUUCCAAAAAGGAAUAUGUUGUUUUUUUUUUCUGUGAAUUGACUUGCAUGAAAAGCCGACCAAUAACCCUAUUGAACACUUUCUUUCAUAGAUACAUUAGCGAUUACUCCCUACUCCACAGUGUUUUCACAAAGCUUAUGCAACGAAACUCGACAGCACAACCAGCACUAACUUUGUCCCGAAACAGUGAAUGUAAUGAAGAAAGCUAUCAAACUCGAACAUGGUCGGAUAACAUUGUCUGACCGUCUAUUUCACGGAUCUUCAGGGCUGUGCUGUAGGAGUGUGUAGUAGCCCCUGACUACUAACCUCGUGAUUUGCGAACCGAGAAAUCCUACUCUUUGCACAAAACAUUUACUCCCGGAAAUCCUUGCUGUGACUAUUCUAAAGCCCGUUCCUCUGGGCUACCCAUGACUGUUUUUUUAACUUCUUGUACCCAACAUUUAGGUCCUUGAUGCAGUUGCCCUUGAGUUGUGUUUGUCACAGCUUGAACCAAAAGCAGAGGAGUUUGCCGAUUCUCAGACUCGCUUAGUAUGGUGCAACAGAGUCCUGUCCAUCAGAUCAAGCGCCGAAAACAUGCUUUACAGCAAAUCACAGUAUGGACCUAAAUCAACUCGGAUUCUUAAUCAUUGCAGGUCUGUGACCGACAAGCAUUAACUGUAACGUUAUCCUACGAGUAAUUUAGUGAUACCUUGAAAAACGACCCUGAUGAUCUGUUGUAAAUCUCUGGUAAAUCGUUAUUACACUAAGGACAGCCUAAAAACAAGUAUUGUAGAUUUACAAUUCUUGCAAUAGCUCUUUCACUACUGAUAAAGGCCAAAGAGAAAUUCAAAUUUCUUUUUGCAAAUUCUGCGAAAUAAAUAGCAGUGUGAAAACGUUCUGCCACAGAGGCUUCAUGUGAAUAGUAAUACUAUGGGAUUUCAUCCAAAGAUAAAGAACUUAGAUUGACGUGAUCUUCGAGUGAAAAGGUUUGUAUAAAAUACGUUCUCUUCAUAAUAGGUGCCUUGAUCUUUCAUUUCACAGUGGUUUAGACCUCUUUUCCCUGGUCUUUAUCAGGCGAUGAUCAAAACACAACUGAUAAAGAUCAGCAGGACGCUCUUGAAACGUGGCGAUCGAUAGGAAAGUGACUGACGUCCAGAAUUUCAAAUUAUGAUGAUUAUUAUUUUCCAUGCUAUUCUCUUCUUUAUUUUUGCUAUCCCAACAGGUCAACAUGGCAAAGAGUGAGCGCUGUAAGACUGUUUAUAGAACACACCUGCCCUAGUUCAUCGGCCCGAGAGGAUGUCGUAAAUGCUUUCAAGUUGUGGAAGGUGAGAAUCAACCUCUUCUACCCGUCCCCAAGCCCUGGAACGAAGUUGGGUGAGAAUAGAAGGCACUGUGGUACUUUCGUCUUUUCUAGGUGUAUUUUAGCUGGUCACUUUAAGUUAACGUAGCAAGAGUGUUCCAUUAAGUUGUAGACCCCGAGCUUUUAGAUGUCUGCUAAAAUUUUGUAAUUUGUCUACCAACGGAGCAUUUAGGAGUUCUAUGAACUCGUUGAAACGUGUCCGUG